CCCUCAGAUAUCACGUGGUUCAUACCCCGACAGAAACAAUGUGUUUCAAGUGGGGCAUGCAAAAAUGUUCAAACUGAACCAGCGGUAUACGCAGUGACCAACCUAUUAUGAAAACAAGGAAAAACUCAGAGAAAAGUGCCUCGAAAUCGAAAGUAUGUUUGUGUACAGUGUCGGUUUUAUGAGCGGUUCUAGGACUGCCACGAUAUCAACAUGCAGAAAAAAUUGAACCUUCUCGAUUUUGGUUAAAAAUGUGCGUGGUCCAAUUGCGGUGUUACCGUUUCAUUUUUGUGAUAUGGUAAUUGAGGGGAGAUGACGAAAAUUGUGAUUUAACCCUAGGAUUCCGUCAACAUGGCUGGGGGGAGGAGGGGGCUCGUUGCCCCCCAAAACACUUUUUUGGAAAAUAUUAUACGAAGAUCUAAUUCUCAACCUGACAGCAGUUUUCUACUGGCCAACGCACAAAUCGUAGACUUCCCCAUCGUGUACUGCAACGAGUCCUUUUGCAAGAUUUCUGGCUACAACAGGGCGGAAGUGAUGCAAAAGUCCUGCAGAUGCACCUUCAUGUAUGGGGAACUGACAGACAAGGAAACAAUCGACAGGAUAGAUCAGGUUUUGGAGCACCAGCUGUACGAUCAGUUCGAGAUUCUUUUAUACAAGAAAAAUAGUAUCACGGUGGUGGAAGAACAAGAAACUCCGCUAUGGCUACUCCUGCAAAUUUCCCCGAUCAAGAACGAGAGGGAUUUGGUGGUGCUGUUUCUACUUACAUUUCGAGACAUCACUGCCUUGAAGCAGCCCAUAGAAACAGACGACACAAAAGGAGGUCUAUCGAAGUUCGCCAAACUGGCAAGGUCGGUGACAAGGAGCCGCUCUGUUCUCGUUUCCCAGUUCUCCUCCCAUCUUCCCAACCUCAAGGACACCACGAAGCAGUCCCAUUUGGCCCAAAUGAUGAGCUUAAGCGCAGAUAUUAUGCCACAAUAUCGCCAAGAAGCUCCAAAAACACCUCCACACAUUCUUCUUCAUUACUGCGCCUUCAAAGCUAUCUGGGAUUGGAUAAUACUGUGCCUCACCUUCUACACAGCUAUAAUGGUUCCUUAUAACGUGGCUUUCAAGAACAAAACGUCGGAGGAUGUGUCAUUGUUGGUGGUGGAUUCGAUAGUAGAUGUGAUAUUUUUCAUAGACAUCGUUUUGAAUUUUCACACCACCUUUGUGGGGCCAGGUGGUGAGGUGGUUUCUGAUCCUAAGGUCAUCAGGAUGAACUAUUUGAAGAGCUGGUUCAUUAUAGACCUUUUGAGUUGUUUGCCCUAUGACGUUUUCAAUGCUUUCGAUCAUGAUGAAGAUGGUAUUGGAAGUCUCUUCAGUGCCCUGAAGGUGGUACGUCUUCUAAGACUUGGUCGAGUAGUCCGAAAACUAGAUAGAUAUCUAGAAUAUGGAGCCGCCAUGCUGAUUUUACUGUUAUGUUUUUAUAUGCUGGUAGCUCAUUGGCUAGCUUGCGUGUGGUACUCAAUAGGAAGGUCGGACGCAGAUAAUGGGGUUCAGUACAGUUGGCUGUGGAAAUUGGCGAAUAUAACUCAGAAUCCCUAUUCAUAUGUUUGGCCUAAUGACUCGAGUACUCCAGAACUGAUCAAUGGUCCGUCUAGGAAAACGAUGUAUGUUACUGCCCUCUACUUCACUAUGACCUGUAUGACUUCCGUUGGAUUUGGCAACGUGGCCGCUGAGACUGACAACGAAAGAAUUUUUACCAUUUGUAUGAUGAUAAUAGCCGCCUUGCUCUACGCCACCAUAUUCGGUCAUGUGACUACCAUAAUUCAACAAAUGACAUCUGCCACGGCAAAAUACCACGAUAUGCUGAACAAUGUAAGGGAGUUCAUGAAAUUGCAUGAAGUUCCGAAGGCGCUGUCUGAAAGGGUAAUGGACUAUGUGGUAUCCACAUGGGCUAUGACGAAAGGACUCGAUCAGGAUAAGGUGCUGAACUUCUGCCCAAAGGACAUGAAAGCUGACAUUUGCGUCCACUUGAAUAGGAAAGUUUUCAACGAACAUCCAGCAUUCCGACUGGCGUCCGAUGGUUGUCUCAGGGCUUUGGCGAUGCAUUUCACCAUGUCUCAUUCUGCCCCUGGUGAUCUCCUCUACCACACAGGAGAAUCGAUAGAUUCACUAUGCUUCAUCGUCACCGGCUCUCUGGAAGUUAUACAAGAUGACGAAGUUGUAGCAAUAUUGGGUAAAGGUGAUGUGUUUGGUGACUCUUUCUGGAAGGACAACGCUGUCGGACAGUCAGCAGCGAAUGUUCGUGCUUUAACUUAUUGUGAUUUACACACGAUUAAGAGGGACAAACUCUUAGAAGUUUUAGAUUUUUAUCAGGCUUUCGCUAAUAGUUUCGCAAGAAAUUUAAUACUUACCUAUAACCUAAGACAUCGCCUUAUAUUCAGAAAAGUAGCUGACGUGAAGAGAGAAAAAGAAUUAGCAGAACGUAGAAAAAACGAACCCCAGCUUGAUCAGAGUCAGGAUCAUCUAGUAAGGAAAAUCUUCUCGAAGUUCAGGAGGGACAGAUCCCAGCAUCAGUCGAAUUCCCAGCAAUCCUCGGAUGUUGAGAAAGGAGACGAAACUGACAAGGUGAACCCGAAACCUUUACCCACAACUAAACUUUCAGCUGUUGCCGAGAAGAACGGUAAUGGAGGAGCUGUCAAAACAACCGUGGCUAGACCUGUAACUGGACGGCCGGCUAGCAAAUGGGGUAGACUUCUAGGUUCUGCGAGUUUGGAUUCUGGGUGCGAGGGAAGCACCCAGCCACCUCAGGGUUUCACGAGAAGCCUCAGUGCUAAAGAUUCUAAAGAACGCCCCAGUUCCUCAUCUUCAGGUAGUUCCGGGGUUCAAAUAGCUGCUGGAAGUGGUAAUAAAGUGUUCCCAAAACUACAAAAGGUUGCUUCUUCAUCAAGCCCUGGUAUCACCAGACAGGAUACCAUAGAUGAGAUGGUAGAACUGGACCCUCCAAAGAACCUAUCCCUCCGAAAAAUGCUAAGUUACGAUUGUGGCCUAAGAGAUCCAUCCACAGCGUCCAUGUACCAGACACCUCUUCCCGAUCCUAUCGCUCCCCCUGAAUACAAAGAAUUGAUGACCAAUCUUAUGGAUUUCAAAGUAGACGUUAAGUUAGAAAUACAAAAACUGAACCAAAGAAUGGGCAAACUGGAGGAUUUACUGAAUGAAAUCAUCAGGAGGCUUACGCCUCCUGAGAGUAGUUCUAGUUCCCAGUCUCCACAAGGAGAUCCUGAGCCUAAAAAGUCUUCCAUGAUAGUAGUUGAGCGACCUACUGAUCUCUGUACGAAGGCUAUGGAAGGAAGUGGUUUAGGUCCUGUUAUAUUGAGGAAGAGAAGGUCGAAAAGCAGAGCCAAAGGAGCUGCACCUCAAGUUCCUACGCCUCUAGGAAGUAAAGUUACUUCACCAGAAAGCCAAGCUUCUAGUCCUACAGAAUCUGGAAAUAUGAUCGAAGAAGCAACUCCGUCCUCGAAGAAAUCUAUCGAAUACCUUUAGCGUUUACGAACACCGGAGUGAAUUGAAGAAACUCUUGCUUAUUAAGUUUUUUGCGUAGAAGAAGGGGGAUAUAUAUACGUCAGUUGUAAAGUUCUUGCAAUUACUAUAGAUGAAUCACAUUCACUUUAAGCUCCGUAAAGUGAGGAAAAACCCGAAAUAUUGUUUCUUUUUCUUUAUCUUUAUACAGUGAAUUUUUUAUCAGAAUCACAUUCCAUUUCGAGCCGUACUUCUUGAAAGCUACUGAAAACUGAAAUCAGUAGAAUCAUCAAACUAUACGCAUAUAUAGAUCGGCAGGAGCCGCCCUAACCCCUUAUUAUAUACCUUAUCGGUCAAAAGAGAAUUGAAGCUGGCUAGAAAUCGCGGUUCUGACAAAAAAGUCAUUAAUAUAUAGAAUAUCCACAUACCUUUUAAUAUAAUUUCCCAGAUGUCAUCUAGUUUAUUUUAUACUGAACAUAAGAGUCGAUGACAUAGAAUAACUUCAUUACGAUUGCUUCAAAAUUUCGUCGCUUCAACGUAGAGCUGAAGAUUCACCCUUCAUUUACAUCUUCGAAUUAGCAUUCAGAGCUCAAAAGUUAUUGCCGAAGCAAAAACUGCAAUUCAUAUAACGAUAUUUGACGUUUUUAGACAUUAGAGUUUUAGGGAACACUGCUAGUGAAAUUUUCGAAUAAGAAUGCCAUAUUUUCCCCACGAAACAAAGGAUCAAUUUCUAACCAAUUCAUCGCUUUCCCACUUAGAUUUCUUCUUAUUCUUGAGGAGGUUUCACCGAACUGAGUAAAAGGUUGUGCAUAUUUAUUAAAAUGUUUUAUAUUCAUGCAAAAUUGUACAUAUAACAUGAAAUUGUAUAAAUCUGUAUAAAUUCAAGUCAAAAGUGAAAUGGAAAUCUGAUUGGUCAGAACUAUUGAAAUUUCAAAGAGUCUUUUUAUCUGAUGAAAUUUAAAUCAUGAAAUCAAUUGGAUUAUCAAAUUCUACUCAAUAUACCUACUUAUUGGCCAUUUAAACUGAGUACUCAACUUAUGGAAAAAUUUCAAUUUUUCUUGACCAAUAAAUUGUUCUAAUAUUUCAAUACGCAUUUUGUUUCGAAAAGUUGACCACUUCUGCCUUUGCUCUUUUCUUGGAGCUUAAAAAAAUCUUUACACGCUAUGCUAAACACAAAACACCAAUUCAAUUAGGUUCUUAUAACAUCUUUAACAAUUUGGUUUCAAAAUAGUGUUUAACAAGCAAAAUUCAAAUGAUUGAAAAUUAAACUAUAUUCGUGACAAAACUUAUUGUUAAUGCUAACUAGUUUUGCUUAGAAAUGAAUUGAAUAUUUAUUGAAACAGUAUUAGGAAAUCUUAAAUAGUUUUUUCAAUACAAAAGUAGGUAUUUUAUAAAUAUUUCCUCCUACGUUGAACUGUUGAACAGAUGGAGAAGUUUUUUUUGUUUUCAAAUUCACACAUAUCAUUUGGAAAGAUUAUUCGUACUGUUAUUGCAAAAUUCAAAGUUUAAAAAAGAUCUGUUACCCUCAUACUCAAAGGUGCUCAUUAUAAAUUUACUUACUUUAUCAUACUUCUUAUCAUCUCAUGUACCUGCCCCAUACGAAUACAAAAACUAUUAUGUUUUUUUAUUGAUAUGCUUUUAAUCGAUAUGUCACCAAAAUGUUUAUAAUCUUCAUUUUACCUUACCUAUGUCAAUAAUUACAACUUGAAUCCUUGCUCAGCGCUGGAAUACCUGGCUAUUUGCAAAAUUAUAUCGAGUGAUAUUUCUCAGAUAAGUGUCAACUUAAUACAUCAAAACACUAAUACUGGCUGACAGCAAUAAAAUAAUAUAUAUUAAGUUUUAACAUAAUAAAGUAUGAAUUGAUUGAAUUUGUUGAAUAUUUCAAUUGACUAUUGGAUUAUGAUCAAUUAUCUUUGUGUAGAUGAAAUCUUGAGUGAUAUUUAGUUGACUUUUAUUUAAUAAACGAAGCUUUAAAAUGAAAAA